CAAUGUAUGCUCUUACUUAUAGUUUGUGUUAUGCAUUUUCUUUAUUUGCCCUUGCUGAGGUAAAGAAAUGCAGCACCCAUGAUUUAAGACUUAUAACAAGAUCUGCACUUUAAUUUAAAAUUUGAUAUGUCUGUUUAGUUAAUCUUUGUAAGAUGCAUCUUAGUGGUUCCAGUCCAAGGCAGUAAUGUUUGAUUACUUAUCGAUUUGGAUGUUAGGGUGAGGGAGUAGUUUUGUUGAAAGUGGACUGCAUAUAAAUAAGUGAUACAGCCAUGUAUUUCAACUGUGUUUUUAUAGCACAAGCUUUCAAUUAUUCAAGAUCAAACAAACAACUCUUAACAGUUGUACAAUUAGUCCCUUGAAUGUCUUGAGACCUAGUAUUUCAAAACAGAGAUGAAAUCAAUAUAAAUGAAGCAUUUUGUGAAUAUUUUUCUUGGUUUUUAAGUGAUUGCAUGUGUGUGUUACAGUAGCUGCUCUGUCUGAGAUGUCACUGGGGAAGUCUUGCAUACAUAAUAUAAUUUUCUCUUUCCUCCUGGAUACUCGCACACUAUACAUAUAUGAGUGGUUUUGCAGUCUCUCUUUUUCUCAAUCCCUCCCUCCUGUGCUUCUCUAUCUACCUCCCCUCCCCCAUCCUCUCUUGCUUUCAGUGACACAGAAAAACCAACACCACCCUCCCUUUCUCAUGCAUUCAUGUUCACCCCCCCACCCUCCCUCCACCCCCACCCCUUACUCCCCUGGCACACAAAUACCCAUCUCUCCAUCCCUUACUAGUUCUGUUGUUUUCAUUGUAUUUUUUUAUUUAAAUCCAUCUAUCUCGGUCAAACCUCCUGGGCCACAGAGAUUCUAUAGCAUCUCUUCAACCCUUUUUUUCAUAGUUCAUCUCCUGCUCAGUUUUUGUGGUAAAUGAGAGCACAAAAUAUAACCAUCCGUAUUUGGGGGAAUUCCUUAGAAUUGAUGUUAAAUUGCACCAAUUAUAUUUGCAAAGCCUUGUGCUGUGCCAUUAUCCCCGUAUUCUCUCUUCUCUGUCUUGUUGUUUGGAAAAGAGCCUCCUGUAUAUAGAACAUCUGUAGUUUUCUCACAAUCAUUCACCUCAUUUUUUUUUUUUAAAUCUCUAGAAAACUUGUUGUGCACUGUCUAAAUACAGUACAUUGUAAAUCCUUUCCAUCCCUCUUUUUCUCUUGCAAACACAAACACCCAAACUCACUGGGAGAGAGAUAGAGAGAGAGAGAGAGAGAGAGAGAGAGAGAGAGAGAGAGAGAGCCACAGCCAACUUCAGUCCUGAUCAACAGGACCCUCAGGAACACACCAAUCUCAAUCUGUCAUUCACUCAUUUGUAUUUGUAUUGACUGUUUAAUUUCUUUAAAAUGGGAACAUCUAAAUAAAUCUUUCGAUUUCUUUUUCUUUCUUUUUUUUAAGUAUAUCAAUUCUUAAUAUCCUUAUUCAACCUAGUCAACCUUUCAGAUGGACACAAUGCACUGGAUGGAUUUACUUUGCCCUGGAUGUUAUGGAUUUCGUAUUUCUGCGGACUGAAAAUUGUAUUCUUAUGGAAGCGUAACUGACAACAACAUAGUUGUGGAUUUAACUGUUUUUUAAUGAUAAUUCUGACAGAGAACAAUAUAUUUAGGAAGUUUUGCAUUUCAAUGAAUCCGGGAGUUCAUUCAAAACACCUCCCUUUCGCGCGACUGUGGACAAUGAGUGCGAUUAUUAAAGUUGUCAGUGGAUUGCAAAUGUAAGCGUGCGAUCUAAAGAGUGAAAGUGGCGGACAGACGCCGGGAUUUUAACGAGCCAUCUUUCACUUCAAGUACCCCCAGAGAUUCUCUCCUCUCUUCCAAGAUCUGUCUCUCAUACAGCAACGAGCACAUACUAGCGCCCAGAGAAUAGGCGCAUAUUGGAACACAAAAGACUGUUAUCUUCACUAAUUUUCUCUUUGAAAUUCAAAUUUGAAAUUUGAACAUUUCAAAUGGAAUUUCAAUAAAACGAAUCUCCUCGCUCAGGAGAGUGAGUUUAAACCGUAAGGGGUCUCAGUAAUUGCAGCCAAUCGAAAGCAAAAGCCCACACGAACGUGAGAGACGUGGAAGAACCCCACAUUAGGCUGCAAAUUAAGACAUCCUCAGAGCUUUGUCUCUGUCUUUAAGAAAGACAGAGGUGGUUGACAGGAGUCAUGGCUGCCAUAGCAACCAUCCCCAACUACAACCCAUCACUAUGGGUACAGUUAUGCCAUGCCAUUCCUCGCCUGGACUUGACCCUGCAGACCCGAGAUAGCGUUUUCAACCCAGACAGCUGGGAGUACCAGCAGACACUUCUGGUCCUCUCCAGCUUCUCCGCCAUUGCUCUUGUCCUCUCGUUACUUGUCGUUCUGUCCUUCCUCAUCCACUACUGUUGCUGCCAUCGUGGUGAUAGGGGCAGAGACGCAGAGGAAGAAGAGGAAGACGAUGAUGCCAGUGGUGGCCAUGGAUACAAUGACAGAAAGGGGCACGGCAUCUGUUGUGUCACAUGGGUAUCGGUUGCAGCCUUGACAUUAUGUUGUGUUGCCAUAGGCAUUGGCUUCUACGGCAACAGUGAGGCGAACGAUGGAAUGUAUCAGUUGACCUCAUCCUUGCUUACUGCCAAUUACACACUGGCUUCCAUCGAUCUACUGGUUUCAGACACUGUGGCUGGGCUACAGCAAUCUGUGUCAGGGCCCUUGACCUCCAUGGAGGAUCUGUUUGGAGGACAUAAGCCGGCACUUGUGCCCACACGCUCCUGCAGACGCUUGUCAGAGCGGGUGGUGUUACUCCUCUCCAACCUGACGCUGGGAAGAGGUCUGAUCCCCAUCACUGAUGGAAUUUACAGGACAAAUGGAAGUGAAAGCAUAGUGGGAGCUCUAACCCCAAUUCCAGUACCCUUCUCCCCUGGCUGGGCAGCCAACACUCUCAUGGUGAAUGAAGACUACAGGUGGCUGUCGUACGUGCUGCUACUUUUGCUGGAUUUGUUGGUAUGUUUCUUUAUUCUGCUGGGUUUGGCCAAACAGGCCCGCUGGCUACUUAUCCUGAUGACAGUGCUGGCCUGGUUGGCUCUGUUUCUGAGUUGGGGUUCUCUCGGCCUGGAGACGGCCACUGUGGUGGCCCUGAGUGAUUUUUGCUUCGACCCAAACACAUUUGUCCUUAACUCCACUCACUUCAACUCUAAAACAAGCACAGAAGUCCUGGACUACUACCUGACCUGCAGCAGGAGAAUGAACAGCCCCUUUCAACAGCUACUGACCCAGUCCCAGAGAGCGCUGUCCAGCAUUCACUCCCACCUUUCCACUCUGGAGAGAGAUGCCCUCUCUCGGUUUCCAAAGGCAGAGAAGUCACUCAGGGAGGUACAGCAGAUACUCAAUGCCACUGAGGGCAACUUCCACCAGCUGGUUGCACUACUCAACUGCCGAGGGCUGAACAAGGAUUAUGUUGACUCUCUGAAAGGCCUGUGCUAUGAUGGGAUGGAGGGGUUGCUCUAUCUUUCCCUGUACUCGUUUCUUUCCGCUUUGGCAUUCACAGCCAUUCUUUGCUCCCUCCCAGGAGCCUGGAGGAGCUUCCACAGUGAUUCUGAAGAGUACGAGGACUCCGACAGCGAGAGCGAGGACCCCUUUACUUCUCAUCAGGCACGUAGACAGAUGGCCUCGGGCUCCCAGCAAGGGGUCUUGCCCCCCUUCUAUAGUUACCAGGGGGCCGGCUGGACUCCCCCCUUUUCUAGCGCACCUCCGUUACCGACUCCAAACGUUUCCUCCAAUGGCAACCCUGGUUAUGAGAACCUGCCUUUGAGUGACAGGCAGUCCCCACCCCCCUCUUACAGUACUCUCCCAGCAUGCUGACUGGCUACGGGGGCAGUCAAUCACAUUCCAACCCUGCCCAUUCAAGAAACCUGUACUCGCACUAAUUAUUUUUUAUGUAUAGUAGAGAAGAUAUAUAGCAAUGUUUAGUUUUCAGAUGGAUGGAGAUGAGAGACUAAUUUAAAAGAAAUUUGAACUCUAGAUGUUAAAUAUCUGUGUGUAACGUCAAUACCAUUGAAUCUUAGAAACAUUUGGGUGAAACAGACUUAAAAAAUGAUUGAUAGAAAAAGCCAUCCACUUCAUUUAGUCGUAUGAGCCUAUCACGUCCUCUCCCUCUAGUGUCAUUGUGAACAUUACUCUGAGGUGGAAACAGGAUGGUAUUGACGUUACAGUAGUGGUCUAUUUUUUAAUGUAUAACCACAUUAUUUUGGAGUUUUUAUAUUGUUAUAUGUCGUCACCGAUACAUAGUGGUAAUGGCACAAUUUCUUUGUAUGAUUAUGAAGUUUUCUCUUCACCCUUUUUUAAAUAUUUGACAGGACCCUAUUUUAUAAGUGGCAAUUCUGUAUUACAUUGUAUACCCUCUAAUACUAUCUGAUCAUUUAUUUAUAUAAUAUAAAUAUAUGAAUAUAUAUUCACUGUAUAAAGGUUUGAUUGUUAAUGUAUUUUGAUGAUCAAAAGAAAAACCUGUAAAACAUUGUUGAGGGCUAGCGUACAUUUCCUCUGCUGGCUCUGAGCAAUACAACUGUGUUUUGCCGACUGCAAUGCAAUGGCCACAAAGUAAGCAGCAAUAAUAAUCAGGACAUCUUGCAAAUACCAUCUGUGUGUGUGUGUGUGUGUGUGUGUGUGUGUGUGUCAGAGGUAUUCAUGAGAUGUGCAGUAUAAUCCGUAUAUAUAUAUAUAUACACACACACAGUUGAAGUCAGAAGUUACAUACACCUUAGCCAAAUACAUUUAAACUCCAGUUUUUCACAAUUCCUGACAUUUAAUCAUAGAAAACCUUCCCUGUCUUAGGCCAGUUUGGAUCACUACUUUAUUUUAAGAAUGUGAAAUGUCAAAAUAAUAGUAGAGAGAAUGAUUUAUUUCAGCUUUUAUUUCUUUCAUCACAUUCCCAGUGGGUCAGAAGUUGACACACUUUAUUAGUAUUUGGUAGCAUUGCCUUUAAAUUGUUUAACUUGGGUCAAAUGUUUUGGGAAGCCUUCCACAAGCUUCUCACAAUAAGUUGCUGGAAUUUUGGCCCAUUCUUCCAGACAGAACUGGUGUAACUGAGUCAGGUUUGUAGGACUCCUUGCACACGCUUUUUCAGUUCAGCCCACAAAUUUUUUAUCAGACUGAGGUCAGGGCUUUGUAAUGGUCACUCCAAUGCCUUGACUUUGUUGUCCUUAAGCCAUUUUAACACAAUUUUGGAGGUAUGCUUGUGGUCAUUGUCCAUUUGGAAGACCCAUUUGUGACAGAGGUUUAACUUCCUGGCUGAUGUCUUGAGAUGUUGCUUCAAUAUAUCCACAUAAUUUUCCUUCCUCAUGAUGCCAUCCAUUUUGUGAAGUGCACCAGUCCCUCCUGCAGCAAAGCAUCCCCACAACAUGAUGCUGACACCCCCAUGCUUCACGCUUGGGAUGGUGUUCUUCACCUUGCAAGCCUCACCUAUUUUCCUCCAAACAUAACAAUGGUCAUUAUGGCCAAAAAGUUCCAUAUUUGUUUCAUCAGGCCAGAGAAAAUUUCUACAAAAAGUAAGAUUUUUGUCCCCAUGUGCACUUGCAAACUGUAGACUGGCUUUUUUAUGGCAGUUUUGGAGUAUUGGCUUCUUCCUUGCUGAGCAGCCUUUCAGGUUAUGUCAAUAUAGGACUCGUUUUACUGUGGAUAUAGAUACUUGUCUACCCUUUUCCUCCAGCAUCUUCACAAGGUCCUCUGCUGUUGUUCUGGGAUUUAUUUGCAUUUUUCGCACCAAACUACGUUCAUCUCUAGGAGACAGAAUGUGUCUCCUUCCUGAGCAGUAUGGUGGCUGCGUGGUCCCAUUGUGUUUAUGCUUGCACACUAUUAUUUGUACAGAUGAACGUGGUACCUUCAGGCAUUUGGAAAUUGCUCCCAAGGAUGAACCAGACUUGUGGAGGUCCACAAUUUUUUUCUGAGGUCUUGACUGAUUUCUUUUGAUUUUCCCAUGAUGUCAAGCAGAGGCAGUGUGUUUAAAGGUAGGCCUUAAAAUACAUCCACAGGUAAAUGUCCUACUCCGUACAUCUAUCAGAAGCUAAUAGUCUAAAGGCUUGACAUAAUUUUCUGGAUUUUUUCAAGCUGCACAGUUAACUUAGUGUAUGUAAACUUCUGACCCACUGGAAUUGUGAUAUAGUCAAUUAAAAAUGAAACAAUCUGUCUGUAAAAAAUUGUUGGAAAAAUUAAGUAGAUGUCCUAAACGACUUGCCAAAUCUAUAGUUUGCUAAUAUGAAAUCUGUGAAGUGGUUAAAAAAUUCGUUUAAAUGACUUCAACCUAAGUGUAUGUAAACUUCUGACUUCAACUGUGUAUAUAUAUAUAUAUAUAUAUAUAGAUAGAUAGAUAGAUAGAUAGAUAGAUAGAUAGAUAUAGAUAUACACAGGUCCCUUCUCUUGGCUAUCAACCUGUCGUUACUCCUUAAAAAAAUUAGUUUCAGUGGUUUAAUGCUCCUUUUGAAUGGCAUCCUUUUUCACUAAUAUACUGUAAAUGAAAUAAAAAAUACAGUAACAAAAGUGGAAUGUCUCAAAACAUGUUUUUGUGUUUUAUGUCUUUAUACCUGCUGAUAAAAGCACUACAAGCAACCC